AUGGCGCAACCGAAAGCGGCAGGGACUGAGUCCGCGUCCACGGCGCCUUCUGCAAUACUAGCGACUUCUACGUCAUCAAAUGUUGCUACUUAUGGACCCCGAAAGCCGUUACAGCAUAUUUUGUCAGAAAAAUCCUACGUUUUCCAGCACGAUUCGCACAAUGUAUCCGCCCAACCUCCCUCAACCACAACCGAUUCGUCAGAAGCCAAUAUUGACGCUAAUAUAGGCGUAAAUCUCUUAGAAAAGACUAUUCAUUCAAACACUAAACCAAAUUCAUUGGACAAAGUGACUCAAGAUCAAGAGGAGGUGCGUGCGCUGCAGUUUACAUUGGCCCAACAGCAAAUGCAACAGUACGAGACGAUCACCAAGCAACUCGAAGCUCAGUCAGGGAUUGUUUUGACGCCAGUGAGUACUAUGAGUGAUAUUACUAGUAAUAACACAAGUGUAGCAGGAAUGGCGAAAACGUCCGAAGCUUUGCAGAAACGCAGACAAGAGCAAUUGGCAAAGUUGCAGCAAAAUGUUCAGCACCAAGCAGCCAUGGUGGCACAGGUGGUGCAGAAUCGAUCUGAUGAAAAGUGGCUUCGUAGCAAAUUGUUGCUGGAGCAAGAAAAUCUUCGACUAUUAAGAUUUUAUGACCAGCAGCUUCAGCAACAAACUAAUAAGGGGAAUUUAGGGGGGACGACCACAGCGACAUCCACUGCCGACAAUUUUCUAGUACAACAGCAACAAGUUAUUCGCCAGCAGCAAUUGCUUCAGAAUAUGCUUCAAAAACAGCGAAAUCAACAAAACAUGCAGCUUCAACUCAAAAUUAGGUUGCAGAAAAGCGUAAACGACAAGACUUGUUUGUCAUCUACACCGUCAAAGCCUUCGCUAACGAUGAAAAAAGCAAUUCACUCAUCCACACCAACAUAUUAUUCGAUUAAGAAGAGAAAGCUCAGAUCGGCAUUUGAGAUGGACUUGGAGUCAUUAGCCAAAAUCUGUAUCCGAGUGGCCAACGCGAGAACUGAUUGCGAGAUGCGGCAGGCGCUUGACAAGAUGACGACGUGGCUACAUCAUUGUACUGAACUAAUGCUUCUUCAGAUUGCUAAGCGAGAUUAUCGCGACUCGUUGGCGCGUCGUCGACCGGUGCUUAUUCAGCAAAAUCGGUGGCCGAUGGAUCUUCAAGCAAAGUCGGAAUUGAUUACGCAAAAGAUUGAGCGAAUGUUGGAAGAAACCCUGCUUCGAGAAAAGAAAAAAGUGGCUCAACAAGAAGCUGCAGCGAAAGUGGUCGUUAGUACCUCAGUAGCAACUACUGCGGCUAGUUUGUCAUCCUCUGCGUCUUUUCAGACUCAGCAUGAAAGUGUGAGUGUUGCAGCAAAUCCUGUUCCUGCGUCUGUAGCAUCGCCACCGUCAUCUACUGUGCUGUCACCAGCCGUUCAAAUUCUUGAUCAACGAGAUAUAGCAGCAGUCGAACGCGAGUACGCGGAAUUGAAAGCUCAAUUACAAGCCCGACAAUUCGAGGUGAAUCAGAAAGCCAAGGCAAAACGUGAUGCAGCAAAGCUGGAAGCGUUCAAAGCAGCGGACACUACAAUUACAAGUGCUGUACAGAACGAGUCUCACAAGCGUCCAUUGCAGCUCGUGGCUUUUGAUACCAUAAAAAAAACACAUACGAAUCCGACCGGAACGAUAUCGACAGCUAGUAUCAAUAUGUAUCGACCACCCCCGACAACAGUAAUACCAAUUUCACCUCGUGUUGCUCAGCAGUUUUAUGACCUCGAUCUCGUUACUCGUGCCAGCACUGAGAAUGACGACAAAAUGUAUCUUCCAUCCAAAGCUGUGUUAAAAAUCAUGCAAAGAGCACUGCAGGGUGAUCACGAAGCGAUUAUCGCUACUACUGGCACAACUUUUUCUCCUACUCCUAAUGUCGAGGAUCAUGAACAAAAUCACGAUUAUUCGAUCCACGUUAGUGAAGAUGCUGUUACGUUCAUGCAAGAGUGUGUGACCGAAUUUCUUUUGUACUUUACAAGUGAAGCGCGUGAUCUCUCGCUUUUGCAAAAUCGAAGAACGAAAAAGGGUAUGGGGUUAUCAAUUUCAGGAGCUAAUGUUGUGGAGGGAAUGGAUAAUCUGGGCUUCACGUCGUAUGCUCGAGUUUUAUCCUUGUACAAUGAAAAAGUUAAGGCAUGCCAAGAUGCUGUGGCAAGAAAAAAGUUAGAACGCAAAAAAUUAAUCCAACAACAGGCUUUUGAAAAAGCUGCGGCUGCUUCUAAGGCAGCGAAAGCGGUGUCUGCUCAUAUGUUUACAAGUGAGAAAUCAAAUCUUGGCACUGUUUUGUCUGGAGUGGAAGAGAAUGGCGUGAAAGUCUCGUCAGUAAAUCGAAAUUUCACGAUAGCGAGACUCACAUCGGAGUCGAAUAAUACAUCAGAUCCAACAUAUCGGUGA